CGCAGUUUGGCACACGACAGCAGCAGACAGCAUGGCGGCCGAGGACCGCGGAGGUCCGUGGAGCGCCGAAGCGUGGCAGGCCGGGCGCGAUUAUGCUGGAUACGAGGACAAGACGACGGCGUCGCAGCGCGCGUCGUCGGAGCGGCAGGCGUCGGCUUCGCCCGUGUACGAGGACGAGAGCUACCGACGCCCAUCGGCGACGUCGGUGCGACGCUUUCAGCUGCAUGAGCCCGACGAGCGGCUCGAGCGCAUGCACCGGCAGCAAGACAAGCUGCGCUUUCGCCAGAUGCUGGACGAACAAUUGGAAGAGAAACAUGCGCGCAAGGCCAAGGAAGACGCAGCGCGGAAGAAGGAAGAAGCGCCGCAGGUCGAAGAAGAGCUGCGGUACAUCCAGGCCCAGCACAUGCGGGCGCAGCAAAAGCUCGGUCACGUCGCAACGCUGCGUCCGCCCAAGUUUGUACCUGGCGCCAAGUUUGCAUCGGCGGGUGGUACGACCGCGCUUCCGGCGCCACUGCCCGACCCGCCAACGACCAAGACGAACCUCACGAUUCAAACCGUGAUGCCGCCGCCCGCGCCCUCGUACAAACAGUCCUCGCCCGCGCGAUCCACGAGCUACCACCAGGCAUCCUCUACGUACCGACCUCCCACGUCGCCGUACCGGCCAGCUUCGGUCGCACGCCCGAUGACGCCUUCAUUACCGUCCAGUCAUGCGCGAUCGGGCAACGAGCACUCGCGCGAGAUGCUCUCCGAGGUGCAAGCGCUUCUCGAUGAGAUUCGUUUUGAGCGCCUCCAGCUCCGCCAAGAGCGAGAGGUCAUUGCGCUCGAGCGCCAGCGGCUCGCCGACGAGACGGAGCGGUUCUUAUCCCUACAGCGGUCGGCCCCGUCGCCAGUCUACGACCAACGCCCGACCAGCUGGACGCAGUUUGACGCGCACACGCUGUCGCCGACGGCGUCGCACUCGCCGCACAACUGGUCGCCGUACCGAUCGACACGGGAUGCCGUCCAGGCGCCGUCGCCGCGGAGGCAUCGCUUCUUCCAGGACAACGAGCCAUCCUAUCCUCAGACGCUGGCCCAAGCGGACGAGGACGAGGACGAGACAGAGCUCGGGAACCCGCUGGAGCAGUCGCUCUGCUGCGACAGUACGUUCGUGCCGAUCGACAAGCCCUUGUCGACCUUUGUACCGCCGCGCGUGUCGACGCAACCAGCGCCCGUCGUCCUUGCCAAACCAUCGAGUAUCUCGCCACUGAGCUCGAUCGACGAGAACGACCACAACCGCAAGGUCAUUCAGACCAGCGGCAAGUACAACUGGGACGUUGCCGACGCCGUCGUACCCCGUCGGUCGGCCGCGCGCAAGCCGAUCACCAGUAGCAGUAGUAGCAGUAGUAGCAGUAGCAGCGCCGACCCGUCCCAAUUGUUUCAAGUCAAGGUGCUCGUCUAA